AGUGAGACGACGCGCAGGCGCAGUAGUCGCACGACAGGCAGUGUGUUUCCAAAAUGGCGGCGGCGAUGGAUGUGGAUACCCCCAGCGGCACCAACAGCGGCGCGGGCAAGAAGCGCUUUGAAGUUAAAAAGUGGAAUGCAGUGGCCCUCUGGGCCUGGGAUAUUGUGGUUGAUAACUGUGCCAUCUGCAGGAACCACAUUAUGGAUCUUUGUAUUGAAUGUCAGGCCAACCAGGCGUCAGCUACUUCCGAAGAGUGUACGGUUGCCUGGGGAGUCUGUAACCAUGCUUUUCAUUUCCACUGCAUCUCUCGAUGGCUCAAAACGAGGCAGGUGUGUCCCUUGGACAACAGAGAGUGGGAAUUCCAAAAGUAUGGGCAUUAGGAAAGACUCCCAUAAAGCAUACCCAUUUGUUAUUCGUUUAGUGACUUCCUGUUAAUUACAAAUUAGAUAGAACCGUGGUUCUUUUCCUUUGUCUUUGGAGUUUGGUGUUCCUGCAGCCAUAUUGUAUUUUGUGUCAAAUAAAGCCUUUAAGUUGGAGGUGGUUGCUGUCUCGUGUAUGGAAAGAGUGAUCUGAGAAGGAGCCUCUUCAGAGCCAGAAAGCCAGCCUCAAAAAGUGCACUGUUCUUGAGGAGAACACAUGUGUUCUGUGGGCUCAUCUUCCCAAGGCUACGAGGAACCUGUUAAAGUCUGGAAGCGCGGGUCCCUGGCACCUGGAAACCUCAGGCUCUGUCUUCCUUCUGUAGUAGCAGCAGCAGGAAUGAGGAAGAACAUGGCAACCUUGGGCCAGCGAGGUCUGCUCUGGGCUUUCAUCUCAUGAUGGGGGGUCUAAGGACAGUGGAUGGCAUCAAGUGGGCACAGAAAGGCUUUGUAAACUCUAAACACUACAGGGUUAGUACUCAUUGUGAAUGACAUGUGGCAAUCUCUAGAACAAAACUUGACCAAAAAAAAAAAAAAAUCAUACUAUGUAAUCUUCGCUGGCAAUAGAGUGAUCUUAAAGUCAACUUGAAAACUGAUGUUUGUUUCUGAGUUCGAGGCCAGCCUGGUCUACAGAGUGAAUUCCAGGACAGCCAGGGCUACACAGAAAAACUCUCAAAAAACCAAAAAAAAAAAAAAAAAGACUGAUGUUUGGACAGUUUGAGUAUAUAUAUAUAUAUAUAUAUAUAUAUAUAUAUAUAUAUAUAUGCAAAACAAAUUCUAGCUUGGGGUCUAGGGGGCGCUGUAGCUCAGCUGUAAGCUCUUGUGUUCAAUUGCUGGCAUAAAUUUUUAAAAAUUAAAGGUUGAAAUUGAAUUAACAAGAGCUCAAGUUUCCUUUAAACAUGCCGGCCAGGGAAGGAGUGGCCAUCCUGAUGCUGAUUCUACUGAGACACCUUUUCUGUGGCUGUGGUUUUCGUGUAGUUAACAGAUCCUACAAAGGUCCUGAAAUCCUGAGGAGUGGGGGGGAGUUUUCCUUUCUCCCGUGCCACUCCAGGUGAAAGCUAUGCCCAGCUAAAGCAGGUCUGAGACUCCAACUGUCUUAUGUUGUCAAUCAGGAAAAGAUGGCAAAAAUGUGAAACAAUGCUGUCAUUAUUCUUGUUUUCAAAGUUAAUUUUAAUAAAAAUAUUUAUGUUAACUUCUUUA